CACACACACACACACACACACACACACACACACACACACACACACACACACACACACACACACAUCCUGUUAGUUAUUUUUUCCCGUCCAUUAUUCAGUACCUUUUUGUCUUCUGUCCAGGAUUGUGUCGCCCCCUCAGGUGGUGCGUGCCUGUCGCCUUCGUGCUGGUUCCUGUCUUGCCUGCUGGUGGCGUGCCUGCUGGUCGCGUCUUCGUAACUUCUUUUCUCCACACACCAGUCUUGCUUCUCCCCGCCGCCUGCCUCCACGUCGCCUCACCUGCUCAACACAUCCUCUGCUGGCAUCAGUUGUGACGAUGUUGCACUUUCCCCUAAAAAUCUACUACGUUCGUAUUCUCUUCAUUUGUGAGUAUCUCUAUUCUAUCCGGUACGGCUCUUACGAUGGAGUUACGGACGCUGUGAUGCCUUAUAGGAACUCCACCGUCACUGUGAUCAGCGAGGAGGUUUUCGUCAAUCUGUGUGUCAAGCACUACAACCAUAAGCCCUGGCGGUGUGUCGAGAAGCGGUUCAUGACUGAUUGUUUAUCUGAUGAUGUCGUCUUCCUCCACGGCCACGGCUGCUCCAGACCCUCGCCGAACGACGCUUACUUCGACCAGCUUCUGGCAAGCACACUGCUGGAGGAGGACGAACUAUGCUUCAAGGCUGUGUGCAGUGGGGAGGUGCGUGCGGUGAAGCGGGAGUUUGAGGGCCGCGCUGUUCAUCUUUUCAGCCCAGUGAGUCAACACAGUGCCUGUUAUAAGUAUCUGUUGUUAUUUCAUCCAAAAGAAAAGGAUAAUCGUACACUGAGUGUCUUACGAAAUGUGCAGUGGCCUUUCUGUUUCGCCGGAUACGACGUGGUGUGGUCACUCGAGGCUGGCGAUAGAGAUAGUGGCGGGGAGAUAAUCCAUGCCUGGAGCUACCUGCCGCUUCACUGCCGCAUCACGGAGCAAGUCAUGUCUGCAGUAAUGACGCUGGUGGUGGUGGGCGGCGUGGUGGGAAACAUGCUGGUCCUCAUAGCAUCUACUUGGCGUAGACACGAGCAAGACCACACUGUUUUGAUGUGCGUGUCUCUUGCAGCAGCAGAGCUGUUGGUAGGUGUGUUUGUCCUCGCGCCUGGUCUUCACGCUCACCUCAAAGCCAUGUACGGAUUGGCAGACGAGGAAAAGGCGUCCCGUGGUGUCUCCAGAGGUUCCAAUGUCCAAUUGUUUCUCGAAGUGGGCGUGGAGCAGCUAGAGGGAGCGUUCCUUGUGUUAUCAGCCCACGUGCUGAACGUAGGCUGCAUGGUCUCCCUGCCUACCGUGCUGCUCCUGGCCCUGGAGCGCUGCCUUGCCCUUAACGGCAAAUCCCUUCAAGAACAACUCACUAUGGGCUGCACUCGCGGCUUCGUGGUGGCGAGCUGGUCACUUGGCGUGCUGGUGAGCAUGGCGCUGGUGUAUGGCGGCGGUUCUUUCUGGUACUCCUUCUACAAGCUGCCUCUUUCCAUUCCUCCAGGGGAACCAGGGAUGAUACUUGCUGGGGUGGCAGUCGUGCUGGCGUUGCUGAGUGGAGCUACUGUAGUGGUGUCCUUUGUGGCUUUGUGGAGGAAGUUUAGGGGCGGGGCGGUGGGAGGCACUCAUCGCCACGCCGUGCCGACACGAGAACUGCUGACGGCCCUUCUGCAUCUGGGGUCGGCGGGCACUGCGACCUCAGCCUUGCUUUUGGGCCUAACAGGUAUUCCCAGCCCCUACCUGGAGGGGGCUCGCUCGGUGUGCUGGUGGGGCUUCCUGUCCUUCACCUUUUGGCACCCGUGGCUCCUCAGCCUACCUCAUCAUCACUACCGGAAGGCUGCAAUGGCACUGGCGGACAAGUGCCGGCGUUCGUGGCAUUGCAGGCUAGGUGGCAUCCCGCUGCCUGGCUCAGGAACCCCCUCGCCGCCGCCCUCCCCUCGUCCUCCCCCUCGCCCCGGUCCCAAGUUGGCCCCAGGCAUUCAGCAUCGCUUCUUGCCUGGGGUGAGAUAUUACAAAUAGUGACACACUUACACCACCACCACCACCACCACCACCAAAAACAACAACAACAGCGACAACACCAUCAACACACCGUAAUCACCAUCAUCAUCACAACAACAGCUGGAUUUAUAUUGAAUAAAUUGUUCAUUGUUUU